AUGCGCAAAACAUGGGUUAAACGAGAUAACAUUUACUAUAAACCGUUUUACAAGCAAAAGCUCAAACUUACCUUGAUUGGCGUAAUUGCGAUGGGCAUCCUGUUUUUUGUAUAUCAGCUUGUGUACAUCAGUCAGUUGCUACCGCUGGAAUCGAUGCCAGCGGGACAGAAAACUCGCCCGAUAAAGGCAAAUAGUAAUGAUAGUCCCAUUACUUCGCUAGAACUGGCCGGGCGAAAUGAUGCGGACCGCUCCGAGCAUGCUCAUCGGAAACCAAAUCAAGAUCAGGGAAGCGUCAUAAGAAAUGAGACGAGCAAUAACAAAUCUAACAUUUGGAACAAUACACAGUUCGCGUACAUAGAGAAAAUAGGCAAUUUUGAACGAAAAAUUUUACGCGGCAUUCGACUGAUCGACCUAGAUCACUAUAGUGAAAAACCGGGAAUGAUGAAGUUCCGGUGUUUGAGCUCACACAAAGAAAUACCUUGGGAAUGGGUGAACGAUGACUAUUGUGACUGUCCAGAUGAUGGUAGCGAUGAGCCAAGCACAAGUGCGUGUCCACAAGGUCGUUUUUACUGCCGAUUCCAGAAGCGACAUAAAACUGGUCGUGGAAAGGAUAUCUUCGUGUCUAGUGGUUGGGUAAAUGAUGGUGUUUGUGAUUGCUGUGAUGGUUCCGACGAGUGGUUGACUCGAAUGAAGCCAGGGUUAGUUUGCCCGAACCUAUGUAAAACCGACUAUUUUCGGUAA